CGUGUCUCUAGUGAAGCGGUAGCUUUCGCAAGGUGGAAUAACAACAAAAAUUCAAUUUAAAUCAACAGCAAAGGCAGUGACAAUAUGGACAUGCUGUGAUCUAUGUUAGAAAAUCGAAUCUGCUAUCAUAGGAAACCAAGACUAUUUUUACACCGCUACCAUUAGACAACUAAUAGGGAAAAAAGAAGCUACAAAAUGAAAAUUCUAACAGUGCACUUAACCAAAAUAUUCGAUGCCAAAUGGUUGCCAGCAGCCUGUGGUACUUUAGCCCCCGCCUUGAUACCGCCCGCACACAUGGCCAUUUUAUGGUAUUUUUGGGAGAAUUACGCCCGUUACGUGGAUAAGCAUUUUUGUACCUGCUCCUGUUGGGACACCGUGUUCAAGGGUCCCUAUGAAUCGGGCGUGGCCGCCUACAAGCACAUGUAUUUUAAUGCCACACAGAACACCUUUAAAAUGUGGCUGCUUACCGUUUUUGCCGUCAUCGGACUGUAUGAGUGUAUAAAGCGUUUAAUUGUCCUGAUAAUGCAACAGCGGGUGCGCUACUCAAUGUUGAUGCUGUUCAGUUUGUCAAUAUUCUCGCAUUAUUAUGCAUGGUGGGCGUAUUUGAACUACUACAAUGACGAUUACUAUCAACAAUGGAAUCAUCAGCUAUUUUUUACGUUAACCGAAAUCAUGGCCUCUGUCAUGGUUAUGCACUUAGCCGAUAGUACAAAUCCGGUGACAACGAAGAAAGUCUUCUGCAUUGUCGGCGUUGCGAUACUGCACAUUGUGGCCAGCAGUUUUGAUCAAUUCUUUCUGAAUGUGGUACGCGGCGAAGGUUAUGCUCAUCAAAUUGUACGCGAUAUUGGUUUCAUGGUGCCGGACAUUAUGCAAUUGGUCAUACCGCUAUGGCUGCUGAACCGCAUACGCAAAGAAUCGUACAGCACCCGGCCAUUCUAUCGUGAUCGAAGCCUGCACAAGGACAUCGUCGCAAUGAUGUUCUUCGUGAUAGCCCUGUUUGCGAUUUGUACGAUUUUGUGAGACUUACUUUACGAUUGGUACGCCAGAAGCUAUUAUAUACAUGGACCACAUCGGAAUCCAGCCUUAUUGGACCACAAUGGAGGAGGUGAUGAGGAGGAUGAUAGCGAUCAUAUAAUUUGAAGUGAUCGACAACGAAAAGAAAACAAAAUCAAGAGCAAUGUUUAUUAAAUCAAAUAAAGCAACAAAGAAAACGAAAGUCGUCAAGGCAACGAAACGAAACGACAUGAGUUGCUCGGUUAAAUUUACUCAAAAUCCGUUGUGCUUUUACAUGUCAAGUGAGUACAAUGUAGGCUAUUAUCUCGGAUCGAAAGUAGACAAACUCAAAGUAGAUACAGAAUCAAUCAUCUGACGAAGCCUCUUAAUUAUAGUGUGUAAAUAUUGUUAUUAAAAUUUAGAACUAAAAACAAGAGAAGAGAAACAAAUUAGAAUAGUAAUAUAUUUAUGUAAUAAACACUACACAUACAUACGUAUGUAUAUACAUAUAUACAUACAUAUAUCAUUUAGAUGAACAUUUAGUGCAAAUAGUGCAUAUCAAUGUUAUCUACAUAUAUACAUACGAAUAUUUAGACACCAUCAAUACAUAGAUACAUAUAUUUUAGAAUAUAUUUUUUAAAUUAUUAUUAAUAAUUAAUAGGAACACAUUGUGAAAGUAUUGUAGUUUAUAAAUCAAAAUCUCCAAAUUAUAGACUUUAAAGCCUUUUUCGUAUGGUAGAAGAUCAAUGCAAGCAUUAUUUAGAAAAUUAACAGCGUGGAAUUCGUUUUUAUUAAUUAUGAUUACUUUAGUUAAUAUCUUUAACAAACG